AUGAUUUUAACAGUGAAACUUGUUCACCCUCUCAAUCACUCUCUCUCUUCCUCCAUUCCAUUUCCAUCAAGAACAAGGCAACACAAGCCGUACCGAAGGUCCGGUAAAAGGGUCAUCAGAUCAGAGACCGUCGCUUCUCCGGCGCCGGUGAGCUACGAAGGAAGACGAGUUUUACUUGGAUGUCUCCUCGCCGCCGGUUCUGGGAUUCUGUUAACUGAUUCAGCUGAGGCUGUAAGCACCAGUAGAAGAGCACUACGAGCAUCCAAGAUACCGGACAGCGAACUCACGACUCUGCCCAAUGGUCUCAAGUACUAUGAUAUAAAGGUUGGCAAUGGAGCAGAGGCUGUGAAAGGAUCUCGGGUCGCAGUUCACUAUGUUGCAAAAUGGAAGGGGAUAACAUUCAUGACAAGUCGACAAGGACUUGGUGUUGGAGGUGGAACGCCUUAUGGGUUUGACGUUGGGCAAUCAGAGAAAGGGAAUGUUCUGAAAGGACUUGACCUUGGUGUUGAAGGGAUGCGUGUAGGCGGUCAGAGAUUGGUGAUUGUUCCUCCCGAGCUGGCUUACGGGAAGAAAGGAGUGCAAGAGAUUCCUCCAAAUGCGACAAUUGAGCUCGACAUUGAGCUGUUAUCAAUCAAGCAGAGUCCUUUUGGGACGCCAGUGAAGAUCGUUGAAGGCUAA